CUUCACUUCCAAGAUGGCUGCGCCCACCUCAGGAAAAAUGUGUCAGAAAUGUUUCUUUCAAAUGUUACAAAAAUGCUCUUUUAAUUCUUCAGUUUCCUCGAACAUGUUGAUCAGAAGGUUUCAUAAGGUUUCUAACACAAAGUUAAACGUGCUUAGGUACCGUCCAAAUGCUGUUUUUGUAACGAAAUCGCAAAUAAGGACCUUUGCAGACGACGUGGACUCAAAAAGUCGUCUGCUAGUUCUGGGGAUCGAGACGAGUUGUGACGAGACGGGGGCAGCCGUGGUGGACGGCAGAGGAAACGUUCUCGGCGAGGCGCUACAUUCUCAGAAACUUGUGCACCUAAAACAUGGUGGCAUUGUCCCCAGUGUUGCGCAACAGCUGCACAGAGAUCACAUAGAGGAGGUGGUACAAGGUGCCCUGGAUACAGCCAACCUCAGGUUACAGGAUGUCACAGCCAUUGCUGCCACAGUGAAGCCAGGCCUGGCGCUGUGUCUGCAAAUAGGUGUGGAGUAUGCCAAGAAACUGGUCAAACAGUCGGGGAAGCCGCUUAUCCCAGUCCACCACAUGGAGGCCCAUGCACUCACAGCUAGAAUGAUAGAGAAUAUAGAGUUUCCCUUCCUGGUGUUCCUGUUGUCAGGCGGGCACUGUUUACUGGCUGUUGCUAGGGGCGUCGGUGACUUCCUGUUGCUAGGCAGCACCACUGAUGAAGCCCCAGGUGUGGUCUUUGACCAGGUUGCAAGAAAGCUGAAGUUGAAGCAUCACCCUAACUGCAGUACCCUGAGCGGUGGCCAGGCUAUAGAGGUCCUUGCUAGUCAGGGAGACAGCCAGGCAUUUAAAUUCACUGUCCCCAUGGCACGCUACGCCAACUGUGACUUCUCCUUUGCUGGGCACAAAAAUCAGACUUACAGACUCAUCGACAAGAUGGAAAAGGAAGAAGGAAUCCCCGCAGAUUCGGACCAGAUCUUGAGCUGUGUGAACGACGUUGCCGCUAGCUUCCAGAGAACGGCCACACGACACUUGAUGCAGAGGCUCCACAGGGCCAUCCUCUACUGUCAACAGAGACACAUCAUUCCUCAGGACAACAAGACUUUGGUUUUAAGUGGAGGAGUGGCCAGUAACAUGUACAUCAGGCGGUCCCUGCAGGCGGUCACAGACAGGUUCGGGUACCAGUUGGUCUGUCCACCUCCUAGACUGUGUACAGACAACGGGGUCAUGAUUGCAUGGGCUGGAAUGGAAUGGUUAAAAGAAGGCAGGGGCAUUGCUGAAGACCCUGAAGCAGUUGAUUUUCAGCCAAGAUGUCCUCUUGGCGUCGACAUGUCUACAGACGUUCUUAAUGCAGGAAUUAAGACAACGCCAAAGAUCAAAGUACCCACAUAACCUGCCAGUACCGGUGUGACAGC